CACUCGAAAUACGCAACCCCCGAAUAAUCGAUGCUGCGCGAAAGCCUAUCAGUACGCGCCUCCAAAAACGGCGCCACAGAACCAACAGUUCCUGGAAACAGUCCCGCGGAGCCGCCGAGUUGCUCCGCCAUUGUCGUCUCGCGAUCGGCCAUAGUUAUAACCAGCUGUGCCGCCCCCGUUCGUCUCCGCCUCAAUUCAACCCGUAAGCCAUGCCUAGCAAUAAGCCUCGCCUCCACCUCGCCCUCUACGCGCGUCCCAAACACCCGGGCAGCUACCACUACGCCCUCUUCAUCUCCCCCAAAGGCUCCAGAACCCACCCCCCCACCACCGCAAUAAAACAUCACGUCAAAAACACGCUGCUCAACAUUUCCGGCGAGCUCACCCAGCCAUGGCGCUACGAGCGCGUUGAUAUAUCGGACGUUUAUUUCGAACAACGGUUGCUCGCGCGCAUCAUCAUCGGCAAACUGACCGCUCCAGUCGAGGUAGUCGAGAAGGUCAUCGCUGCUGUGCCGGUGUAUCAGGUUGGGGAGGAGUAUCCUGAUCCCGGGGAGUUGAAUGCGGGGGUGUUUUCGUGUCGGACGUGGGUGAGGGAUGUGCUUGUGGAGUUGGGGACGAAGGCGGUAGUGGUUGGGUUGACGGACUGGGAGGGGGUGCAGAGGGCGGCGGUGGAGUAUGUGGAGAGGAAGAAGGGGGAGGGAAGAUGGAGUGGGGAGGGGAAGGGGGAAGCUGGAACAGUACCUCUGUUGGAUCUGUUGGAGGGGAGGGAGGUUGUG